AUGUUGACCCUACUCCCUCACAAUGAGAAUGACAUGACCGCCAUCCCUCGGAGAAGGCACUAUAUUAAGUUGAGGAAGCCCAAGACCAUGAAAAUCAUCGCCAAGGCAAUCAAGUUAAAAGCAAGCAGUCCCGCAGGCAUCAUGCCAAUAGAGGUGGGCUUGUUGUUGCAUCUUUUAUCUAUCUGUAAUGUGCAUGUGCUUCUAGUGUCUUUUCAUAACAGGUCACAGUUUUCAUCACACAAUGUCCCUCUGUCCAAUGUAUCGGCUACUGGUCCACUGGAUUUAAGACCACGUUUUAGUAAGGUCCCUCCACAAAAAAAUAUACCUGUAUCAUGUCAAACCUCUCAUGGAUGGCAGGAUGAUGUUCUUACAGAGGUGCGGACUGCACAUACCACCUCUGUGGAGCAAGACGAUGACAUGGGCAACCCUUCCGAGGAGCAUGAGUGGUACUAUGGACUCGGAGAUGGCACCGAUCUCGAUGGUCAAGAUACAGAUGUUGAUGACUUUGCUAAUGGGACCACUUACAUGCAGCAUAAUCAUGUGUCUGAUAAUGAGGAUUCUCACAUGGACUCAGGUUAUGUGUCGUCUUCUGACAAUGAGUAUGACAGACCACACAAUUGCAAAUGGAAGCGCAUGGCUGAUGAUUUAUCGGAAGAUUCACCCUCCCCUCAACAACAAGAGCAGCAACUGCCGUGCAAAAUCUGCAAGAGCAAGGGGCAUGUAGCAGCUCGUGAUUACAAAGUUGCAGUCCAGCAACUCAUCAAGUUUGCCAUCGGAGAUUUUCAUGGACAGCUCACCUCUCAGUUAUCAGCCCUCGCGUCAUACCCUUACCCCGACCUUACCCUUGUCAUCCUUGUCAUCCUCGCAUUCCCUUUCGCUCUCUACCUGUCGCUUCAGCAGAGCCAGUACAUCUGGCCGGACCCUUUCGCUGACGAAGCAUACCCAUGCUCCGUUUCACCACCUGACUGA